GUCAUUGUUUACAUUUCGAGUUAUACCCUUCUGACAUGUUUCACAUGAUAGUUUUACAUGCUCUCACUAACGUUUCUGUCAGUUCGUCUUCGUCUUCCCCUUUUGGUCGCAGGUUUGCGUCCUCCGUACUGCCACAGUAUUCCGUUGGCCGAUGCCAUAUCGGAUCGCUUGAUGGUCGCUAUGGGUAUACCCUUCACACACUCUCCAAUUCAUGUUUGCCACCAGCGACAAACUGCAGAAAGUGACAUCGAUAAUGUAUUCACAAACAUCUCUGCGAAAGUGCUUCUGGUGCCUUCGUUGGACAACCUAACUUCCAACUUUGCCAGAGCUUCCAGCAGGAUUGAAGUCUUCUCCGAUGACUACCGGUCUUCGCCCGAUCAGCUCUUCGUUCCUCAAAUGGAGCACGACUUUGGAUAUGACCUGGAAGAGGCCAUCAAGAGGGAAGGACUAUCCCGAGCCGAUCUGAAAGCUUUACGAACACCCCCCAUCGAUGGAGCACCACUCGAAAUACCCGAUAGGAUGUUGGCUUGUUUCCUAAGUGCAUGCAACAAGGAUGUUGCUGAAACACGAGAGGUCAUCAAAAUUUACUACAGCGACCGUCGGGAAGCUCCAGAGCUGUUCGACAAUCGAGAUCCUUUGAGUCCAAAAAUCCAACAAUGCUUUCAAAAUCAGGAUUAUUUUUUCUUGCCAGAAACUCCUUCCGGUUAUACCGUUAUCUAUCAUCGAUUGAACAACACCAAAGCAUCCAAUUACAACUUUGACGAAGCUGUUAAAACGUACUUUAUGCUGCUGGAAACUUGUCUGUAUCAUCGAGGCCCCCGUCCGGGUCUGGUUUGUCUGUUCGAUAUGGAAAACGUUGGCCUGUCGCAUCUUUUGCGGGUCAAAAUAGGCACCAUUCGAAAAUUCUUCCACUACUUGCAAGAAGGCUUGCCGGCGAAACUGAAAGCCAUCCACGUGUUGAAUGCCGUUUCCUUCUUCGAUAAAGUUCUCUAUCUUAUCAAACCGUUCAUGAGAGCUGAAAUUCUAAAUAUGUUGUUUCUAUACACUUCGAACGGUAGUUUGCAGAAACUGUAUGACGAGUGGAUUCCCCGCAGCUGCCUACCUUCGGAUUAUGGGGGUGAGCUGAAAUCGGUGGCUGAAUUGCACCAGGAGCACCUUAAAACAUUCGAGCUACUGCGACCGUACUUCCUUGCCGAAGAACGCCAUCGAAAAGGAGAAUCCAAGUUGAUAGAGGAGGCCAGCGAAAAAAUAAAAUCAUUGGACAUAGAUUAAAACUCAUUCUUCCCAUAAUAUCGUAUACACCUACGGUUUAGCCAAAAUAGCUUUUAAGGGAACUGAUAAUCACUACAAUUUGAACUCGAUAUGAACAAUUGCAGUACAACGAGAGCUCUGAGCCAUAGGGAAACUGAUUAUGAUAUUAUGCAAUUGUUCAAGUGAAUCUUUAAUCUUUGGUAAGCUUUUAAAGUUGAAUUAUAAGCUGGGCUUAGGGAUAAACUUUGUUAAGCAUUUUAGCAGCUAACCACUAUUGGCUUUAUAUGUUACGAUAAGA